GAGUGAUAAAGCGGUCUGCCUGCUUUAUUCGUUUCCCAAUAGGUUCCUUCCAUAAGUUUAAACUGCCAUUAUGGAAGAAACACAGCUGCUGUUCUGCUCUUCCGCUCUUCCAGCCGUCCGAGCUUCUCAAGACUGACAUAACGAAGCAUACUUAUCUCAUUGGUGCAAUGCCAGCCGCGGCACAGAAAAAACUAGGCCAAGAGCGAGAAUCGCUUCCGAAAUGGGCCCACAAUCAGGAUCCCGCUUCACAUGCUGAACACGCCGACUUUUCUUUGGCAAGAUUAGAUGCGACAAGGGCGAGUCCAAAUUGUUGAAAGAACAUCCUUUCGAACGUCACCAUGGGCAGCAUCAGGCGCAGCAAGACAAAACGACGAACACGCGACCUUGACCAGGUUAGGGCUGAUCUCAAGUCUCCGAAGCACCUCGCCCAGCACAAAAGCACCAAAGCAUCUGAAGAUCUGCCUGGGCUAGGGGCUUUCUAUUGCACCGAAUGCGCCAAAUACUUCUCCGACAGCCAUAACCUGAACGAACAUCGACGGGGAAAGAACCACAAGAGAAGGGUACGAUUGCUGAAGGAAGAGGCGCAUACACAAAAAAUGUCAGACGCAGCCGUGGGCUUGGGAACGGACAGCCGACGCCACCGGGACCUGGAGGACGAGCAAAACAAUGAAAGGAUGGAAGAUGUGUGAUCUUUCUUCAAAGGUGGUCUCGACGUGACCACUGGUACCCGGGCACACACAACUCGCCAGAUUCCUCGCACCCUGAGACAUUUUCGACAAAGACAGAGCAUCGAUAACGAUUUGCCGUCUAGAAAUCGCAAAUGGCCACUGCAGCUUUUUGCGCUGGGCUGAUCGUGCCAACCAAUAAGUCUUAAAUUAUGUUGCUUAGCCUUGCAAAGGUUCCAGCAGAUGCGGUACACCUUAGCCUGAGCUGGCGUAGAACGCCAUGAUCCUCUCAUAGGCAUACCACUGAAGGCCGAGUCAGUAGCUUUCGCACCCGCAGAGAGAGCAGCACCAACCUGAACGGCAUUUACGACGAAUGCUCUCAGACUACAUAUCCCAACGCCUCGGUAAAACCCAGCAAAGCCACAAGUUCGCCAUACUUCACGCGCCACAUCAACAGAAGUCCGGACGUGACGGGAAUUUGCAUGGGCUCCGGGGAGUAGUCCUUGCCUCUCCGGUUGCCAGGCAGGCUGGGUUUGAAGGCGAGUCUUGAUAACGUCCAGAGGAUAGAUGGAGACCCAUGUGACGACACCGGCGAUACCCCCGCUAAUCAAGACAUCUGCAGCCGUAGGAGGGAUAAAGGGGUCCGGCUGUCUGGACAGAAGGAGUCGCUUGCUUAGCUCAUAAGACCAGAAAUACCAACCAUAACCGAUUGCAUCCCGAACAGCAGUGAUUGUGCCACCGAAGUAGAAACCUCUAAAGCCCCGAUGCUUCCAGAUGUCUUUCAGUACUCCAUAAGAUGAAUCCUGUCCAUCAACGACGAGCUGAGCUCUGCAUUUGAUCAGCUCAGAUGGCGCAGAUACCAC